CCACAACACCGCCGACAUGGGUCACUCUAACGGUUUGCGCGCCGGCACUCGGUAUGCCUUCAGCCGUGGCUUCAAGGAGUCCGGCAUGAUCCGCCUGUCGACCUACCUCAAGACCUACCGGGUUGGCGACAUUGUGGAUAUCAUUGUCAACGGUGCCGUUCAGAAGGGUAUGCCCUACAAGAUCUACCACGGAAAGACCGGUGUCGUCUACAACGUGACCAAGACCGCCGUCGGUGUCAUCGUCUACAAGUGCGUCGGCAACCGCUACCUCGAGAAGCGCAUCAGCGUCCGUGUCGAGCACAUCCAGCACUCCCGCUCCCGUGACGAGUUCCUGAACCGUGUCAAGGAGAACGCCGCCAAGAAGCGCCAGGCCAAGGAGCAGGGCGUCCACCUGCACCUCAAGAGACAGCCCGUCAUGCCCCGUGAGGCCCGUGUUGUCAGCCUCGAGGGCGCCGUCCCCGAGACCAUCACUCCUAUCCCCUACGAUACUCACAUUUAAAGGAAUGGAUUUGGUCGAUGUGGUUGCGUGUUUGGUGUUUCUGGGUUUUCCAUCCAAGGGUGGACUUUGCAUGAGACGAAGCAAAAAGGGUCUCAUAUGACAUAGCACGCCUUUGAAACAAAAAGCCUGUGCAUAGAUUACCC